AUGGUUUUGGGCUUCCGUACACAGCAACCGUCCUCGCCGAAUUCAUCCUCGCAGUCCAAGAGAAAAGAAGAGCCAAAGCUGUACGUAGGACCCAUGAAGACGCGCACUCACUCAGUCGAGGCCCCGACGGAGUUGCUGCCGCCGCUACCGGCGCGUGUGCUGAGUUCUGAGCGACCGGCGCCCGCUGCGCCGCAGCAUACACCGGCGGAGGUUGAGGGUCUGCCUGGGCGGCGGGCGAGCACGGCGGCACAGGACACAGAGGCGCUCUUGAUGAACCCAUCGCGGAGCACUGCUUCAUCCACGCGUGCCGUGAGUGGAACGGACAACAAGGCACUGCUGCUGCGCCUGGAUUCAGGAAAGCUGUUUGCUAACGAUGACGAUGCAUCGUGGCCGAAGCAGUGGGACUGCAGUCCAGCCAGAAGCAAAACGACGCCAUUGCCGCCCUCUUCCAAGAGCCCAAAGGCUUCCCUCCAGGCGCAGAAUAUGGGGGAUGAUUCCCGUGGAAAUGAAAGUUACCGAGCAGAUCAGCCUCUUCGUCGUUCGAACAGCUUUGGUUCAGUGGGAAAUAAGACGUUGUCUUUGACAGAUCUAGCGCCACAUAGAAGUCUACACCUCGUGUCUGCGCCCGCAUUCUUCAAUGAAGACGCUCAGGGGUGCGCGACACGAGCAACACACCCGAGGCCACAGCAGAAGAGCCAAAAAAAAGCAGUGGUGGCCACUAGUACAACUAAGAAUACGGCGACACCGCCUGUCAGCCCGCCAACAUCCCAACAGUCCCUUGCCUUGAUGAAGAGCGUGCAAUUGCUGCGUAUGAAUGCAGUGGCACCACCUUCAGCAAAUGCUGCCGUGAAGGCAAAUGCAUCGACUCCAUCAUCCAUGGAUGCCAAAAAGACAGUUAAAACUUCUGCCAGCUCCAACAGGAAUGGAAAUGAAUCUAUCGAGUCCUCCACUGUGGUAGUAUCGAGGAAGUUAUCGAGCACUUUCUCGCCGAGCAUAGACAAAUCAGGUCAAAGCACUUCGCUACCUGAGACGCCUAUGGGCGCUGCGAAGGUCGCAGUAGAGCCAAAAGCGUCAACCCCAUCAAAUGGCACGCGAACAGUGCCUAGCAACAGUACAAACAACAGCGUUGCAGGUGUUGUGCCGACGGAUAGAUUGAAGGGACAAGUCGUCAUACAGGCCCGCAACGGUAAUACGACUAACCCUGCUGCUGCUGCUGCUGCUGCUUCUCCUGUUUCUCCUGCUCCUCCUACUGCGCCAAGUGCGAAAAACGUGGGACACCGUACAAGUGGAGUCUUGUCAGAAAACGCUCACACGUCAGCUACCCCCUCAACUAAGACAAUAAGAACGGUGCCAAAGCCAAUUGUACUCAACGGUACAAUUGUGAAAACCUCUAGCCCCUCUGUUUGCUCGCCCCAAAACCGCAGCAGCAGUGGCGGCAGUGGCAGCCCUGCAGGGCCCCCGCCUGCAGUGACGCAGAGGCGGGACAAACACAUAGUGGCAUCUACGGUGGCCGGCGAAAACACUGGGGUGGUGAGGGUACUAAGCGCUACCCUCGAAGCUGUAGAUAACUCUGCGAAAAUUGAUAGUAGUGGCAAAAAGCAGCCGCAGCAGCUGAAAAGUGGACGUUUGUCAUUAGAUUCUUCCUCGACACGGUUGAACAAUAGUGUGGCACAUGAGGCUUCUAUAAACGAGAAAACAAGGUUUGUGCCCCCUCAAAGGGUUGUAGUAAGUGAAAAUGGACAAAAGAAUGAGAGGACACUGCCACAGCCACCGGCACCACCAACUGUAGUAGUGCGCCCUGAGUUGUCGGUGUCGUCACUUGCCUCAGGGAUCAAGUUGGUAAAUGGAGCAUCAACCAUGGGCGUGUCCCCAAGCUCUGCGGAUAGGUCGUCGAAGGCAGUCUCCCCUGCUUGGCGUUCGGAUCAGCUGACUUCCGUUGGAAGCGUAAUCACAACAGAUGAUGAUCCCGAGGCCAUUGCGCUGGCGCAAUACGCUCAACGGGUCGAAGUGGAUCUCUCCAUGUCCACAUUCAGAUAUAUCGGUGCUGCUCUAUCAGUGUCGCGAACGCUGCGUGUCCUUAACCUGAAGGGCUGCACAACCGAUAGCGAGGGACUGCGCGGACUCUCGGAGAUUCCCACGUUGCAUGUCGUUUGUGUGUCGCACAUGCGUCGGCUGGGAUCUCUGCAGCCGCUUGUCCAGCGCCGCAAUGGCCUUAUGUCAAACAUACGCGAAAUCGAUGCACAGUGCACUGCAGUAGGAGAUGACGGACUGGUGGGGAUCGAGAAGAUGACGCGCCUGCGGCGACUCGACUUGAGUAUGACACUCGUGACAGAUGUGAACCCGCUUGCGAAAAGUCACUCUUUGGUUGAGCUGCUUCUUACGGCGACGCCCGUGACGACUGAAGGCAUUCGUGAUCUGAAGAUGAUACCGACGCUCAAGGCAUUCAACAUCAGCCGCACCAAGGUACGGUCACUGGAGGAAAUAUCCAAAUCGCAAUCACUAGAGGAAUUGCACUUGUAUUCGUGCAACGUGGGGGAUGUCGGUCUGCGUGGAGUAGAAAUGAUGCCGAGCCUAAAGGAACUUGACCUGAGCACAACCAAGGUGACAGAUCUAUCGGUGUUGGGUGCAAGUCAAUCGCUGCAAACUCUGACAGCGCAGUGGCUAGCACUCCGGAAUUGCCGUGACAUAAGAGCGGAGCGGCGCUUUAAGCGCAGUGAUGAGGCCCGCUUGGAGACCUGUGGCGAAGAGGACGAGGAGCAGGCGAAGUUAGAAAACCUCUUCGGUGGCGGCGGCGGCGAUGGAUCCUCAACGGAUGAUGACCCAGAAGCUGGCUUCCGUGGGUUGGUGAACAUCCCAACGCUGGAGCAUCUGGAUCUUUCGUUCAGCACGAUCCGCAGCGUGCGGUCACUAUUCGCCAGCAAGUCAAUCAAGUCAUUGAUGCUGCGCCGCACGCAUGUUGAUACUGAAGGCAUUAAGGGUAUUCAUCAGAUGCGGUCGCUGCAGACGCUCGUCAUCACCAACGCUUCGGACCCCAGUGCCCAAGAAUCCUGCGAGCAGGACUGCCAGGCCUCCACACUUUCGAAUGGCAUACUCACAACCAUCACUGACCUCUCUCGCGUGCUAAAUCUCGCCUUCCUUGACCUCUCCUUUACAGACGUGUACGACCUUCGUAUGUUGUCGGCGCUCCCAAAUCUUCGGGAGUUGUACCUCGUGGAAUCGCUCGUUACUGUGGAGGGGAUGCGUGGGAUUGAGAAGCUUCCCUCACUCCAUACCUUAGACAUCUCGCAAACAAGUGUUCUCUCAUUGCAGUUUCUCUCUACCGGCUGUCAGGUGCUGCGGAAACUGUUCGUGCGGUCAAACCGCAACGUGCGUGGAUUUCGUAUUGCCAACCUGCACGUCCUCCCAGCGUUGGAGGUCCUUGACGUCAGUGAUACCAUAGUUGAGGAUAUCAAAAUGUUGUUCCGCCCUGUAUGCCGAUUGAAGCAGCUCAUCUGGCGGUGGGGAGAGCGGCGAGAUGUGACUGGCCCGGUGGAUGCGCUGCCCUGUUGGGUGAAAACGCCCACUUUGGAGGGUAUAGAAAGCAUGCCACAGCUGGAGGUCCUCGACAUCUCGGGAAGUGGUGUUCACACCGUGUCAUUCCUCGCGGCGUCGCGGUCACUGCGGCGGUUAGUACUCGCGCGUUGUGGCUCGCUAGAGGACAAAGGUGUUAUCGGCCUGGAGAAGAUCCCCACACUGGAGGAACUUGAUCUUAGCCACGCGUCCCGCAUUGCAGAUGUGCGCUCUCUUGCCAUGUCAUCGAGGCUGCGUAAGCUGUGGCUUGGCUGGACACGCCUCACGCUGAUGGGUCUGGGCGGCAUUCUGUCAAUGCCGACGCUAAAGGUGCUUGACCUCACCUCCACAAGCGCAGAGAACUCGGUGGCGCUGGAGGAGAGCAUGUCUGACGCCGUCGUGGUGGCAGGCGGUGUUCCUCUUAGCAGACGUCUAACUGAGAGCUCUAUUGCUAGUGAGCCCGUCACCGUCUACAGUGGAAGCACCCCUCCGCAGUUCCAGAAGCGACGGCAUCGUCGUGUGUCGUUCGUGUCGUGA